CGAGUGGGUGUGGCCACGCGAAGAUGGCAGCGCUGAGUGGGGACGCGCUGGGGCUGGAGCGGGACGUGUCCCGGGCCGUGGAGCUGCUGGAGCGGCUCCAGCGCAGUGGGGAGCUGCCCCCCCAAAAGCUGCAGGCGCUGCAGAGGGUCCUGCAGAGCAAGUUCUGCUCCGCCAUCCGCGAGGUCUAUGAGCAGCUCUACGACACCUUGGACAUCGCGGGGAGCCCCGAAAUCCGCGCCCACGCCACGGCCAAGGCCACGGUGGCGGCGUUCGCGGCCAGCGAGGGCCACGCCCACCCGCGGGUGGUGGAGCUGCCCAAGACCGAGGAGGGUUUGGGCUUCAACAUCAUGGGCGGCAAGGAGCAGAACUCGCCCAUCUACAUCUCCAGGGUCAUCCCGGGCGGCGUGGCCGACCGCCACGGGGGGCUCAAACGGGGCGACCAGCUCCUCAGCGUCAACGGGGUGAGCGUGGAGGGGGAGCAGCACGAGCGCGCGGUGGAGCUGCUGAAGGCGGCGCAGGGCUCGGUGAAGCUCGUGGUCCGUUACACGCCGCGCGUGCUCGAGGAGAUGGAGGCGCGCUUCGAGAAGCUGCGCACGGCACGGCGCCGGCAGCACAACAGCUACUCGUCGCUGGAAUCGAGGGGGUAGAACCCCCCAGGAGACCCCAAAGACCCCCGGGACCCCCUGGGACCCUCCUGGGACCCCCCAGGACACCCCAAAGUCCCCCGGGACCCCCCCCACCCCUCGGGGCCUUCUGGGACCCCCCAGGACCCCCC